CCAAGCUGAGGUUUGAGGUUUGUUCGGAGAGUAGUAUAUAGUUGUAGUUGUAGCUAUUACACACACUGAAGAAGAAGAAUAUAUAAUCUUGACUCCCUUGCUGGCCUUUGCUCAAAAAAUGAAUAGUAAUGCGUGUGGUUGGGAAUUAUUAGAAGAAACGGCGCCAAACUUACAAACACCCCAUAAUUAUUAUCACCACCUUCUUCCACCUCAAUUCCAAUCAGCAGCUGCUUCUUCCUCAAAUUAUCAAACUCCCCAGCACCACCACUCCCUCGCGCCUGAUCAUCACAUAUAUAUGCCUUCUUCCCAUUCCCACCCUCCAUCUGCCGAGGAGGAGGACCCAAAUGGAAGUAAGGGGGGCGAGUGCAAGAGGAGAUGUUACAACCGAGCAAAAGCAGGAGGAAGAUCAGGCUGCAAGAAGAAGAUGAUGAUCAAAACUCAACAUGACCCUGCUGACCAUGUGAGAGCAAGGAGGGGCCAGGCCACAGACAGUCACAGCCUUGCAGAGAGGGUCAGAAGACAGAAAAUCAGCCAAAGGAUGAAGGUUUUGCAAACCCUUGUUCCUGGCUGCCACAAGGUAACUGGGAAGGCCUUAAUGCUGGAUGAAAUUAUUAACUAUGUUCAGUCCCUGCAAAAUCAAGUUGAGUUCCUUUCCAUGAAGCUUGCUUCUCUUGACCCCGUCCUCCACGACUUUGGAAUGGAUUUUCCAGAAGUGUUGCUCGUCGGUACACCAGCCUCUGAGAUAUUGAAUGGGAAUGGCAUGGUGUCACACUCAGAGCAUGCAGAAUUAGCAUACAAUAAUAUGGCACCAAUAUACAACACAUUUCAGGCUACAGGAGGCGGAGGUGGUGGUAGCCCGAUCUUAACGCCCGGAAACAGCAGCUUUAUCAAUCCAUCUCCACUUUUCCUUGACCAUGGGAAUACUUCUCAGCUACAUCUCUCAUGAUUUCCUUAUUUACACACAAAACAGAAAGAGAUCAAAGACAUCAUAUAUAAUUAUUAAUUAAAUUUGAGUGGAGAGAGAACAGUGGAUAUGGUUCUAUAUAUAUGUAUUUACAUAUCAACGACUGAACUCUCUUGAUCUAUAAAUUCAUAUAUACUUUAUAUA